GUCUCAUCUCCGCCGGAAUAAUACAACUCGACGCGAGGAAAUAUAAACAAGAAAAGACAGAGAACAAGUCUUGUGUGUUUACGUUGUCCCGGUCACUAAGUGUCCAUCAUGUGACUCAGUGCCGCAGAGAGCCAAUCAGCGUCGUCUUGUCUCACUGAGGAGGAAGUGUUGCAUAUCUGUGUUGCACCUGAAGGACGAGCUGCCACUUCUCGAGCUGCUCGUUGCCCCACAACCAAAUGAAGCGUCCUGCCUCCCCAGCAGCCUCUCUCACAGAGGACUCCCCCCGCAGCUGGCACUCCCGGGCUCCCGUAGCCCACCCAUGCCUGUGAUCCCCAUCCCACGGCGGGUGCGCAGCUUCCAUGGCCCCCACACCACCUGCAUGCACUCAGCCUGCGGGUCCACGCACGCCUCCAAGCUAGUGCGCACCAAGUACAACAACUUCGACCUGUACCUGCGCUCCCGCUGCAUGUACAGCUUCCUCCGCUUCCUCCUGUACUUCGGCUGCAGCCUCCUGACCUCCUUGCUCUGGGUGGCUCUCUCCGCCCUCUUCUUCCUGCAGUACGUGAGCGUGCGCGUGCUCCUGCGGCUGCAGUACAAGCUGUCCAUCAUCCUGCUCUUGCUGGGUCACCGGCGUCUGGACUUUGGUGUGGUGAACGACCUGAUCAUCUACAGCAUGCAGAUCACCAUGUUCCUGGUGGGCGGGCUCGGCUGGUGCUUCAUGGUGUUUGUGGACAUGUAGCUGCGAUGUGAUGGAGAUGUAGUGUGUGUCACGUGGAUGCGGCGGCCUGUAACCUCAGCUUUGUGUGGCUUCAUGGGACGGCACACCGCUUUAACGUGUCCUGUGGGACGGCUCUGUGUCACUCCGCUGUAGUCCAAAAAGACCCCUUUUUGCGAUGGGGUUAAAUGUGUAAAAACCUUAUUGGUUGGGUUCCAGAUAUGAUGGAAUUUCAUAUGUUAUUUCUAUUACAUCUCUAUUGUGUUUUCACGCCAUUUGUUAACGGUUUUCACAGAUUUUGAUGUGCAUCUUGACCAGGAACUGUUCCGUUUGCAAUAAUGGAAAAAGUGAAUGUCUGUUGCAUGAAGACGUGACUUACUCUAUGACUAAUGUGCAUCAUGGCCGUGUGAUGCAAGACCGGCAUGCGUGCCAAAAAUAACACAAAAGUCGGCCCUAAAGCAAAAGCUUAAUAGCACCAUGAUUCCCCAGUUGACAGAUGAAGCUGAAAAGUGAUGGUGGCGAAAGUGACCAAAACAAGACGACAACAGCACUGUGUAUAAGGCGUUAAAGUGACAAACAUCCAGCUUUUUUUGUUGUUUUUGUAAAGUAAUUUAAUAAAUUUUGUUUUGAUGAAA